GGCAGUGGUGGCCGGUGGUUCCGACUCCUUCGCCGCCUUGUGACAGACGGCAAUGGCGGAGACGGAGUCUCCAGUGCAGCGGCGCUUCACCUGGGACGAGAUCAAGCUGCGUUCGGGCAGGGAGUCGGAUCGCUGGCUGGUGAUUGACAGGAGGGUCUACGACAUCAGCCGGUUCCACAAGAGGCACCCGGGGGGCUCUCGCGUGAUCAGCCACUAUGCAGGGCAGGAUGCCACGGAUCCGUUCACAGCUUUCCAUCUAGACAAGACUCUAGUAAGAAAGUUUAUGAAACCCUUGCUAAUUGGGGAACUUGCAGAGGAUCAGUCCAGCUUUGAACCCAACAAAAAUAAACUGCUGGUAGAGGAUUUCCGUCAGCUCCGUGCUACAGUUGAGAAGAUGGGACUUCUGAACCCCAAUCGCCUCUUUUUCUUCCUGUAUCUCAUUCACAUCUUGCUGCUGGAUGUGGUCGCUUGGCUCACCCUGUGGUACUUUGGGUCAUCCUUGGUGCCUUUUCUCUUCUCUGGUUUGCUGCUUGGCACUGUCCAGGCACAAGCUGGUUGGCUGCAGCAUGAUUUGGGACAUCUUUCAGUCUUUGGCAAGUCCAAAUGGAACCACUGGGUUCACAAAUUUGUGAUUGGACAUCUGAAAGGAGCGCCAGCCAGCUGGUGGAAUCAUUGGCAUUUCCAGCACCACGCCAAGCCUAAUUGCUUCCGCAAGGAUCCGGACCUCAAUAUGCAUCCUUUGUUUUUUGCAUUGGGAAAGAAACUCUCUGUGGAGCUUGGUAUAAAGAAAAAGAAGUUCAUGCCUUACAACCACCAGCACAAAUAUUUCUUCAUCCUUGGACCACCGGCUCUGGUGCCGUUCUACCUACAGUGGUAUGUCUUCUACUUUGUGGUCCAGCGCAAACAAUGGGCGGAUCUGGCGUGGAUGGUGACUUUUUAUAUCCGGUUCUUUCUAACUUACUCAUUUUUACUGGAACUCAAGAGUCUUUUUGCUCUCUUCUUCCUGCUCAGGAUUAUAGAGAGUCACUGGUUUGUCUGGGUAACACAAAUGAACCACAUCCCAAUGAACAUUGACUAUGACAAGAAUGCGGAAUGGUUCUCAGCUCAGCUUCAGGCAACGUGCAAUGUACACCAAUCCUGGUUCAAUGACUGGUUCAGCGGACACCUCAAUUUCCAAAUUGAGCACCACCUCUUCCCCACCAUGCCUCGACACAACUUCUGGAAAGUGACUCCCUUGGUGAAGUCCAUGUGCACAAAAUAUGGCAUCGAGUACCAAUCCAAGCCUCUGCUCACAGCCUUUGCAGACAUUGUACACUCGCUGAAGGAUUCCGGGGAGCUCUGGCUGGAUGCAUAUAUGCAUAAGUAGGAAGGAAGCAACAUCUUAUUGAAGAGGAGUCACCCACUGUUGCCACCUCGAGCAAUUGGCAUCUUGAAAAGAGCAGGGGCAUGGCUUAGUUGGGGGUAGGCAGCUGGUUGUGCUGAAUUCUGCUGCGGGAUAUGAUGUUAAGAAAGAUGUUUUAUCCCUUGCUCUUUUCUCAUACAUCUCUCAUUUCUCUUCUCUGGACUUCAUGAGGUACUGAGGAAUGCCCCAGGGACAUCUGUAGGACCAGAAAACAACUCCCAUCUAUUUACUGCUAUUUUACAUGCUUUAUAUGUAGAGAGGAAAUCUUAUGAAGGAGUCUUUUGGCCUUGCUAUCUAACCUGUCUUGCACCCUCCCAGAGUUAAUGGAACCAAGGAAGAACUGAAAGUCUGAGCAGCAAGGCAAAGAACAAGAGGGGCUGGGUGGGACAGGAGACAAAAUACAGAGUCUGAGAGUUGCAACAGCUUGAAGAUGGGAAAGAAGGCACAGGAGGGACCAAAGGAGACCAUAAAUGCCCAGUUUCACGUGGGGACAGAGCAGCCAAAUCUGAUACUGGAACAAGUGCCCAAGAAACUGGAUGGUAGCCAGACUCCCUCAGUGGUGGAAAUACAUCAGGGGAGUCUGUACAAUCCUUGGCUGUACUUUUGUCACAAAGACCAAGCUAUCUGGGCACCUACCUCUCCAUAGGACAAAUUUUGAUUAAAAAACAGAGGAUGUCAAUGGACUGGUUACUAAUCCCAUACAGAAGGUGAAAUUGAUGCUGGUAACACCCUAAUGCUCCUUUACUUUAACUGCUAAUAUGCCUUCAACAAUUGAGGAGAAGGACCAAGUUGACUGUUUUAAUCACCUGGAAUAGUGUUGUUUCUAUG